GGAGCUGCAAAGAGAUAAGGUUUUUAAAACUGAGCUGUUAUGCAACACUGCCAUCUGCUGGAUUCAGGGAGAUUGCUUUCUAGAAGUUGCAGCUUCUCAAGUGAUUCUAGUGUGCAGCUGAGUUUGAGGAGCAACUUUGUAUACUCUUACUACUCAAAAUACAGUCAAAAGAACAUCAUCACUGAUUGUUUAAAGUACAGAACCUCAGUACCCUGUGAGACCUACUGACUCAGAAUCUGCCUUUUAACAAGACUGCCACAUGAUUUGCAAGAACACUAAAGUUUGAAAAACGCGAUAGUAUACAGACCACGUUUCCCAAAAGCUUUUCUAUGAGCAUAGCUCAUCUGCGGAUUUCUAAAAACUAACUAAUGAAGUACAUCACCUUCUGAUUCAGUGUCUGAAUCUGACCCUGAAUGGAGUCUUCUGAAUUAUGUGGAAUGCAUUGGAAUUACUAUGUACUUUAAGACCCCAGAGGUGGAUGGCAUUAAUUUUUAUAGUUAAACUCUUAGAGCUUAAGAGAACGGAUUGGGUGGAACAUGAACAAUCUGUACGUGGUACAAGGGCAGCUCCAAAGAAGGGAACUCAAGACCCUGAUAACGGAAACGCUAAGAGCAGUGGAAGCCAACGUGACGCCAGGAGGCUGCGGCGAAACCGCGCGAGCCACGCGGAGGGCACGGCAGCUGGAAGAAGGCCCGGCAAGGAGACCAGCGCCACGCAGCCGCCGCCGAGCAUGGACCUGGGGGCUUCCCGGGCAGGAACGGAGGGCUCUGCGGGUGCCAACGAGCUGGGGCGGCGGUCGCCAGCACCAGCGGCUGAGAACGGCGCGGCGAGGAAACCGGCCUCGGAGGCGUUGCCUGGUCACCCGCCGCGACGGCGCCAACCAAAGACCCCCUGGAAGGGACGGGCUCGCGGGGACCGACGCCCGGCCCUCCGCCCUGCCGGGCGGGCUUUCAGAGCCCGCGGGAGGAGGUCGGGUCUCCCGGACAGGUUCUCUCCGCCUCCUCCGCGGCCCGCCGGACUUCAGACGCCGCAGACCCGGGCGGGACUCCGGGGAGCGUCCCAAACGCAGACGUGCAGGGGGCGCGUCCCCUUGAAGGGCCGCUGUGCUGCCCUGGGGACGAACACGAGAAGACACCGGUUUGAAACAAAAGCGGACGCGGGGCUUGAGAGAAGCUGGGUGGGGAAGCCCUUACCUCAUGGCGGCUGGGCUCGGCGGGCCGUCUGGGCGGUGGUGCCUCGCGCUCGCUCCGCAGCCCCCGGCACCCCUGCUGUGGCGGCCGGCGGGAGGCGUGUGCGCGUGCGCGCGCUUCCCGCCCGGCGUGGGCAGCGCGGGGACUCGGCCGCGCGCAGGUCUUUGUUGAAGGCGGGUCCCGACUGGAAACCGAAUCUGAUCGCCCCGGGCGCCGGAGAUCAGCUCCGGAAAACGAAACUGAACGCGAGCGCGGAGGAGCCGCGGCAAAACCUUUGCAGAGCGGUGAUGGAUCGUCCUGAGUGGAACUUGCGGCAGGACUAAUGCUGUUUGGUCUUGCGGCUGACCUGCCUUGCUGAAUUCAUGGGCUUCUCGGUUAACUGUUUAAUUUUUAUUUAUUUUUAUUAUUUUUUUUAAACAAAAAUCACAGGAGAUUGUUCAGCGUUGGUUUUUGUUGUAAUUGUGGCAAGGAUGCUCUUUCCAGCUUUCUACCACCCGAGUGAAACUGAAGUCUCUGCUUCCAUUCCUGUCUUUUGAUUCAGCCAGCAACACGCAACGCUGUACACCUGUGUUUUUACUUGGUAUAUUUAAAGCAGAAAAACUUUGUCUUCAAAAUGCACAUACAGAGCUGGGGUUGUGGCUAAGCGGCGGAGCGCUUGCCCAGCAUGUGUGAGGCACUGGGUUCGAUUCUCAGCACCACAUAUAAAUAAAUAAAUAAAAAAGGUCCCUCAACAACUAAAAAAAAUUUUAAAUUCAUAUACAUUUUAAGCUUUACACAGAGGUGUGUACGUUUCCAGCCACAGUUGUAUGACUGUUUUUCUUCUGUGCCUUUGCAGUGACGCUUGUGUAAUAAGGUCCCAAUAAAGACAAGGGAUGGGGGUUGAAAUGGGAACCUGAGCAGAAAAUAAGAAAUUCCCAUACAUUAAGAUUUUUGUGCUCUUUGGAUUCAAACAUUCAUUCAUUCAACAAAUUUUAUUGAACAACUGCUAAGAGCCAGACUUGGAUCAAAGUACUAUCAAUACAGCAAUAAAAUAUAAGAGGCCAGUGCCUUCAUGGAGUUCAUUUCUGGUGUGGGGAGAUAAACAUAAUAAGCAAAGUCUAUUAAAUGUCGGUGCUACAGAAAAAGUCUAGCAUAUAGAGGGUUGGGGUGUAGAAUGUUUUGUAAGCAUGGUGGUGAGAGAAGAUUUCACUGAGAAAGUAGUACAUUGCACAAAGAUCUGAAGGGGAGGAAGGAGUGAGCACUGUGGGUAUGGAACUGGAGAAAAGUAUUACAGGUAGAGAAAAAGGUAGGUGCGAAGUCCCUCAGGUGGGAACAUCCUUGGCAAACAUAAACUUUGUGGUCCUAGGGGAGCCAGUUGGGGUAAGUCACAAGAAAUGAGGUCAGAAAGAGAACAUGGGUGUGGAGGGCCUGCAGGUUAGAGUCAUACUUAAGUCUGAAACCAAAUUUUAGAAAAGGUACUCAGAUUUAUUUUGCAUUGAAAAAUAAAUCCAGAAUUUCCUUCUUACCGAGAUUGUAGAAAAAUUUGAUAGAGCUCCGAUAUUUGAAGUUUUCCAGUACAUUGAUCAUUUUCUUCCCCUUCUGUGUUCCUACUUCUUCCCCUACCCUUCUCUUAGCUGUAUGUGGGCUAAGAAACAGUCUUUGUUUAUAAAAUAUCAAGGGAA